GCUUAAGCGGUUAAGCUCGAGCGAGCUCGAAUGGCCACCGCCGUUGUCAUCUCGGCGGCGGCUCUCCCCGCCGCGCCGUCGCCGGUGCGUUAUACACCCCGCCGAGCGGCGCUGCGCGACGUGCCUCAGCUCCACGCGGCUCUGCUCAAGUCCGGUGAGCUCACCACUUCGCCAGAGUCCUUCCACUCCUUCCUCGAGGCUACCGCGCUGCCGUCGCCGGCCACCACCGCGGCCCACCUCUCCUACGCGAUCCGCCUGCUCCGCCUAGGCCCCCACCCGCCCCUCUCCGCGCGGUCGUAUAACAUCCUUAUCCGUGCCCUCUUCCGCGCGGGCCACCCGGAGGAUGCCCUCCACCUGUUCGUCGAAAUGCUCGAUGCUGCCAUUGCUGCCAACGUCUGCCCCGACCAGCACACCAUCGCUAACACCGUAAAGUCCUGCGCCAGGAUAUAUGCCUUGGCUACAGGGCGCAGCGUUCAGGCGUACGCUGUCAAGCUUGGGUUCAUGGCCGAUCAGUUUGUGCUGAACAGCUUGAUACAUAUGUACGCGAGCUGUGGGGAUAUCGUGGCGGCAAAGGUACUGUUCAACGCAGUCGAGGAAAAGGGUGUGGUUACAUGGAAUGCGAUGAUAGCGGGCUACUUCAAGAAUGGAGACUGGAAGGAGGUAGUGGAGAUGUUUAAGGGUAUGCUUGAGGUUCAGGCACCAUUUGAUGAAGUCACAUUGGUGAGUGUUGCCACAGCAUGCGGAAAAAUAGGUGAUUCUAAGCUUGGCGAGCGGAUUGUAGUUUAUGCAGAGGAGAAGGGGAUGGUGAGGAACAGAAACUUGGCAACUGCGCUGGUUGACAUGUAUGCCAAGUGUGGAGAACUUGAUAAGGCGCGGAGAUUGUUUGACAGGAUGCACUCCCGGGAUGUGGUUGCUUGGAGCGCGAUGAUCUCUGGCUACACUCAAGCCGACCGGUGUCGAGAGGCACUUGCUAUUUUUAAUGAGAUGCAGGCUACCGAGGUGAACCCGAAUGAUGUAACCAUGGUCAGUGUGCUCUCUGCCUGUGCUGUCCUGGGUGCACUUGAGACGGGCAAGUGGGUGCAUUCAUACAUAAGGAGAAAGGCCUUGCCCCUUACAGUUGUUCUCGGCACUGCGCUGGUGGACUUCUAUGCAAAGUGUGGAUGUAUUGAAGAUGCAGUCAAGGCAUUUGAGUCGAUGCCUGUGAGGAAUUCUUGGACGUGGACAGCCUUGAUAAAGGGCAUGGCAAGCAACGGAAGAGGCAGAGAAGCGCUGGAGCUCUUCUCUUCCAUGCGGGAGGCCAAUAUUGAGCCUACAGAUGUCACAUUCAUUGGCGUUCUCCUAGCUUGCAGCCACAACUGCUUAGUUGAGGAGGGUCGCCGGCAUUUUGAUAGUAUGACCCAGGAUUAUGGCAUCCAUCCAAGGAUUGAGCACUAUGGCUGCAUGGUUGAUCUGUUGGGACGGGCAGGUUUGAUUGAUGAGGCGCACCAGUUUAUCAGGAAUAUGCCAAUUGAGCCAAAUGCAGUUGUCUGGAGGGCACUGCUGUCUGCUUGCACGGUUCACAAAAAUGUUGAAAUCGGAGAAGAAGCUCUGAAGCAGAUCACCCCACUAGAUCCCUGUCACAGUGGUAACUACAUACUUCUAUCAAACACCUAUGCAUCAGUGGGACAAUGGAAAGAGGCAGCUAUGAUUCGGAAGGAAAUGAACGAGAGAGGGAUCAAGAAAAUUCCUGGGUGCAGUCUCAUUGAGCUGGAUGGGACGAUCUUCGAGUUCUUUGCUGAAGACAGCGAACACCCCCAGUCGAGGGAGAUAUAUGAGAAAGUGGAUGAGAUGAUUGAAAACAUCAAGAUGGCGGGGUACGUCCCAAAUACAGCUGACGCAAGGCUAGAUGUUGAUGAAUCUGAGAAGCAAGUGUCCGUUUCGCAUCACAGCGAGAAGCUGGCCAUUGCGUUUGGCCUGAUGAAGUCGCGCCCUGGCGCAACGAUCCGGCUGUCGAAGAACCUGAGAGUGUGCGUGGACUGCCACUCCGCCACGAAGUUGAUCUCGAAGGUGUACGGCAGGGAGAUUGUUGUUCGAGACAGGAACAGGUUUCAUCAUUUCAAAGAUGGUUUGUGCUCCUGCAAUGAUUACUGCGGCGGCCUCAAUCCGCAGCACCAACAGUUUGCCAUGGCGUCGCUCCAAGCUCCCGAGCUCUUGGCAUGCCUCCUCGUCGUCGUCGCCACCCUCCUCCUCCUCCUCAAGCAACUGCUCGCGCCAAGCAAGAGACACUCCGCCUCACCCUCCAUCCCGCGCCCGAGGGGCCUGCCCCUCAUCGGCAACCUCCACCAGCUCGGCGCGCUCCCGCACGACUCCCUCGCCGCGCUCGCCGCCAAGCACGACGCGCCUCUCAUGCUGCUCCGCCUCGGCUCCGUGCCGACGCUCGUCGUCUCCUCCGCCGACGCGGCGCGCGCCGCGUUCCAGCACAACGACCGCGCCAUGUCCGGCCGCCCGGCGCUCUACGCGGCCGCCAGGUUCUCCUACGGCCUGCAGAACAUCUCCUUCGCGCCGUCCGAAGGCGCCUUCUGGCGCGCCGCGCGCCGCGCUUGCCUGUCCGAGCUCCUCGGCGCCCCGCGUGUGCGCGGGUUCCGCGAGGCCAGGGAGGGCGAGGCCGCCGCGCUCGUCGCCGCCGUGGCGGACGCGUCCGGGGCCGGCGCUGCUGUGGACCUCAGCGAGCUUCUCCUCGCCGCGAGCAACAAGAUUGUGCGACGUGUCGCCUUCGGCGGCGACGACGGCGGCGAAGGUGGCGCGGAGGCGAGUGCCGUCCUCAAGGAGACGCAGAGGCUUCUGGGUGCUUUCUGGGUCGCCGACUACGUGUCGUGGCUCGGGUGGCUGGACUCGCCGCGUGGCCUGCGGGGGCGUUUGGAGCGGAACUUCCACCAGCUCGAUGCGUUCUACGAGAGCGUGAUCGACAGUCACCUCAAAAGGCGAGCAUCCUCCUCCGCCGACGAGGAGGAGGACUUGGUCGACGUGCUCCUCCGCCUGCACGCCGACCCGGCUCACCGGAGCACGUUCAGCAGUCGCGACCAGAUCAAAGGCAUCCUCACGGACAUGUUCAUUGCCGGGACCGAUACGUCGGCGGCGACGGUGGAAUGGACGAUGACGGAGCUGGUCAACCACCCGGACAUCCUCGCCAAGGCGCAGCACGAGGUGCGCAGCGUGGUCGGCGACAACGGCAUGGUCCGGGAGCCCGAUCUCCCGGGGCUCAGCUACCUGAAGCUGGUCAUCAAAGAGUCCAUGAGGCUGCACCCGCCGGUGCCGCUCCUGGUGCCCCGGGAGACCACCGAGCCAUGCACGGUCCACGGCUGCGAGAUACCGGCCGGGACGCGGGUGCUCGUCAACGCGAAGGCCAUCGGCGCGCACGCCGGCGCGUGGGGCGCCGACGCGGCGCAGUUCGUCCCCGAGCGGCAUGAGCACGGCGAGGACCUCGGCGACUUCAAGCCGUGGCACGACAGCUUCGCGCUGGUGCCGUUCGGGAUCGGGCGGAGGAGCUGCCCCGGCGUGCACUUCGCGACGGCCGUGGUGGAGCUGGUGCUGGCCAACCUGCUCUUCUCCUUUGACUGGAGCGCGCCGCUCGGCGAGGUGGACGCUGAGGAGAACGGGCUGACCGUGUACAGGAAGAACCCUCUCGUGCUGUUUGCGAAACAAAGGAGAUGCGCGUAGUACGAUGUUGUGAUAUAUGUACAGCAAAUAAGUGACAUUUAGUCGGUCCAUUUAUUCAUUAUCUUGAAACAGUCAACACAUCAGUUUUGCUUCUUUCGAAAUACUCCCUCC